AUGAGCACCCGCAAAGAUCCAGGUGUGCUCAGCGAGAAGCUGAUCACAUACCGCGGCGUGAUUCAGAUUCACGUAGGAGAGGGCGAGUACCGAGAAUCAUUCGAUGUCCACGAGGCGCUCAUCACCGCACGGUCUAUCUUCUUCAAGAACGCGCUGUCAGGCAACUGGAAAGAAGCACAAGAGCGAGUCGUGAACCUUCCUGAAGACGAUCCAGCUAUUUUCGCCAUCUAUGUCCAUUCCAUCUACAAUGGCGAGCUUCCGACCACGCCGGAUUCGGAGACACUCAACCUCAGCCCAGAUUGGGAGAAUAGAGGCAUCUGCAAAUUCUACGUUCUAGCGGAGAAACUACAAGACAUAGGGGCUAAGAACAGCGCCAUCGACGCCCUUAUUGCGAGAUCCAAAGUUAAAGAUGAUCAUGGCGUCGGCCGCGCACCUGCACCCGGUAGCGUUAAGGUCAUCUACAAUGGCACGACUGCAGGAUCGUCCGCCCGGAAGCUGCUGGUAGAUUUCUAUGCUCAUCGGGCUUCUCUUUCCUAUAUGGCCGAGGCCGAAGCCGAAUUACCUGAAGACUUCAAGCACGAUCUCUUGAUCAAAAUGUUCGCGCUACGGAAACCCGGCCUGGAGGACCCUACCCGAGCCACCAACACGGAGUACCAUGAGAAGAACAACAACACGGGGUAG